AUGGUCUCGCUCACUGCCCAGGCACCGGCAGCUACCACGGCGAAGCCAAACGUCCUCUCUGCUGAGGAUACCACGGAACUGAACAACAUAUGGAAAGCAGAUCCUCGGAUACCCAGCCUUGACUCCCGUAGGUUGUGGGCAGCAGCACGCGGCGUUGAACCUGCGCAAGUUCACGCCUGGUUCUCGCACAAGAAAUACCACUGGUACAAGGCGAAGGGGAAGAAGCCUACGACAGGGACAUAUGAACUGCCCGUAGGGAUCGUUCGGACUGUGCCUGUCUCUGAGGAUGUCGGAACUGUUGAAGACGCCAGGACACAGGUGAAAGCGGUGCAGGUCAAGCGCGAACGUGCUUCUCCUGUACUGCAUGAAGGUCGCGGGAUGAAGCGCAGAAAGGUCGAUAAAGGGCAUACCCAAAGUAAAGUUCCCACAGGCUAUGUUGUGAAAUCGGAUCCUCGCAUUCUGGAAAAUCUUGAACCAUUACCGCCAGCAGUCCGCCAUACCCGGGCGCACGACGCCAACCCAAACCCUUCCUGUGCUACUUGUGCCAGUCGUUUCUUGUCUUCUAUGGACUCUCCUAAUCUGUUCUCUCCGUCUCCUCGUACGUCUCGGAUGCAAACGCCUGAGCUGACGCGCUCCCCGGUCUUGCCGUCAUCCGACUUCGAUUUUACCAGCCCGUUGACGCAUAUAUCCUCGGAGGGUGAACAGGGGGCUGUUGUCACCUCGUCAUCCCCACGUGGCUCUCCUUCUGCUCCUUAUACACUUCCCGCCUCCCCUGGCACUGUAAAGUUAACCGAAGACACAAAAAAACGUGCAUAUACCCGGGUUCCCGGCCUGAAUUCUCUCAUUGCUGCAUCGCAAAGCACUUUCAUGCCCGCAUAUACCCAUGUUUCUGAAUUGUUUCGGCCCUCUUCCUCUGCGCACGUUCCUCCUCGUCAGAAGCGCAAGCGAGCUCUUUUUGCUGAAGACCAAACUAACAUCAUCCGAGUCGCUUAUACCGCCGUUCAGCCUGUCGCCUCAAAAUUAGGCUCUGAGAAUACUAACUCUAACUGCGGCUCAACUGCUUCGUCACAGUCGAUUACUUCGAACACUCUCGGACUCAUCUUCGAUGGAACGUCUCACGCUGUCCCUGGUCCUUCCUUUUCUUCUGUUCUCUGCGUGUCUGCUGAACAACGCGACGCUGCUGCUCCAGAUCAAGACCUUGUUCGCCAGACUACUAUCUCGGGUCCUCACCUUCAAGUUGCGACGUCUUCUACUUCAUUUGCUACUUGUCUAGAACGUGGGACUACUGAGUCUGCUCAAAACGCACCGCAACCCCAAUCACCGCCUACAGCGAGGAGGCUCAAGCACGCUUACAUACUCUCUGCCGCGCACGCCGGUGCUUCCAACCAGGUCUCUUCUCCCGCACUGACGUCUGCGUCCAAUCUCACGUCCAUAACUGCGUGGGUUUUACCUGAAGCUCGCCAAACUUCUGAUCCAUCUGCGUUCACCAAAAGCCCUCGCGUACUUGCUUCUGCAUCGCUCAUCGAUCCCCCGGCUCCUACUUUUGCCACGGCUUCCGGCAGCGAUGAUCGACAUACGAACGUUGGUGGCACUCGUCCCCCUAAGUCUGUCUUUUCUCCACAUGCAACUGCAGGUUCUCGCAUCCAAGGGAACACCCUUCGUCCAUAUGUUCCAAUUGCUCCUCGCCCAUCCACCCAUAUACUUGCUCUGAACAUACCUAAUCGACCUCACGAGAUUAUCCCUUUACCAACGCCAGCUUCGACUCAUUUCUCUGUUCUUCCUGCUUUAGACGCCCAGCUAUCACUUGAACGACCUGCAAUGGUGUCCCCGUCACUGACGUCCUUUCGCAUUGGAAACCAGUUUGUGCUCUACACCCCAAAACCGCAGACCGCAAAACAGCGUACGACAAGACCACCCGCUGCAUCUAAGCCUCCGUCUGCUUCGAGCGCGCGCAUGCAAACCCAGCAGUGCAGGAAGGCGAAGGCACAGGAGCAAGCGGCACUACACAUUCCCGGUCCAUAUCAUACUAAGAUUGCUCCUACGUCCGAACCAUUGCUUGAAAUGAGUGUCCGCGUGCGUGUGCAGGAGCGCCGAAAGCAGAGAGCGCGCGAGAGGAACGGAGAAAUUGCGAAUUGCUCCCAGGUGAAGCCGCAGAAUGUUGAAGUGAAGGCUGCAGUGGUGGAGAAGGCACGUAAGAAGACGAAGCAGGCGAGGCAUCAGCGAGGGUUGCUCGACGUGGUCCUCUCUGGGCGAUCUGUUGUGAAGAUUGAAGAGGAGGAAGUGUCGGUAACGUUUGCGAGGGCAGAGGAGGAGGGGUCGAGCGACGACAAGCCGCUGGCUGUCGCUUUCCACAGGACUGAUACGAAGCCGGACGUAAUGCCUGUUUCUGUCCAAACGCCGAACGUCACAAGAAGUACUGCAUGCCCUAUUCCUGUUGCUGCUAUCAGGUCGUCUGAACCGCAACUAGAUUCGAACGGGACGACGACGAAGACUUUAGCUGAUCCCGCAAAAGCACCAAAGGAGGCAGAGAUGGACAUAGCGAAACAGUCAACGAAUACCACGCAGAAGAAACAACGAACUAGAACUCGCACAAAUGCCAAUGCUGUGAAGUUGGAGCAGUCGGAGAUUAUAAUGAAGGGCACCUCGAAAUCAGAGCUGACUUCGCUAGACUUGCAGGCCGGAGCAUCUGGCAAAAUUCCGGCGGACUCUCCUGACAGCAAAAAGUCUGAGCGUGCGGUCGCUCCGUCAAGUAGGAAGACAAGAGUUUCUCUCACAUCCUCUCGUCGGUCUCCAGUUGCGUCCAUAAUACCCAGUGCGAUCUCCGCACCUGAAUCUGAAGACAAACAGCCGGAUCUGGGAUUGGACAUCCUCGAUCCUGAUACUCUGACGCAAAUCCUUACUGCACCGUCAAAUCACCCUCCACGGCCGAUCGCUUACUCGAUGCCUGCCCAGGCCUUGUUCGCGGAGCUCAAGUGGGACGGCAUCGAGAACAUGGAGCUCAGCGCGAUCAACUGGCUGGCCGCUAUGGGGCCCGCUGACGCUGGCCCAUCUCUGUGGUCCAAGCUGGGCGCGACAGACGGUACGCAAGUGCUGUUUGCUCCACCUGUGCCUGUUCCCGCAGUCCCGCUCGAACACGAGGCGCUCGCGCAUCUGUACGCGGACCUGGAUAUGGCGGCAUGGCCCAGAGAGGUGCUCGGCGUCCCGGACAAGGUGCUCCCCGAGUGGUUGGAGAUCAGCGAGCGGGCGAGUCAGGAUGUGGGGCUGGUGUUGCAGUGA